AAUACCAAAACUUACCCUAAUUUGUAUUUUUCUAAAGCCAUUGCGAUUUCUCCGGCCAUUGUAGCUUUGCCGUUUCGAUUGGGUUGAGCACCAAAAGAUGGGGCACUCGAACGUAUGGAAUUCACAUCCCAAGAACUACGGUCCUGGAUCUCGAACCUGCCGUGUCUGUGGGAAUCCUCAUGGGUUGAUCCGAAAGUACGGCCUUAUGUGCUGCAGACAGUGCUUCCACAGUAACGCCAAGGCGAUUGGCUUCAUUAAGUAUCGCUAGGGAAUUUAUGCUGGCCAUUCCACAAGAGAAGAGGUUUUGAAUUUCUACAAUUAAAGGAACUUCAUGACUCUUCUUGUUCUGUCUUUGUAGACAACCAAUAUUAGCUUUACAUUGAACUACAACUUAUUGGGUGGCUUAAAAUUUGCUAUCCUCACUUAUUUUGAAAUCACAUGCUCCUGCUUUUCUAAUUGGUCUUGUUAUCACUUCUUGUAAUCAACACAAUGCUUCCAGAAGCUCAUGUUGUGUAGACACCAUUGUUAGUGGUGGCUGCCCCGGUAGGAAAACUGAAGGCAAUUGUCCAACAACUGCAGCCUAGUUUGUGGCAUUGGUUGCUAAUUUGUAAUAUCAGUUUAAAAGCUUAUUGACAAUCUUCCCUUCCUCGUACAAA